AUGGCAGGGGCUGCUGGAAUCAGCUUGGUACUGGUUUGGUAUCACAAGAUCCGAAAAUCUGGGGCAACUGUAAAUUUUCCUGCAUUUCUAGAUUUACGCAACAGAUUUCAAUAUGAGUUUCAUUUUGCAAAUCUACAUAAUGAGCAAGGAACAGUAAUGGCUUUACAAGGAAGACAGCUUCAGAUACUGGAAAAAUUGAAUGACCUACUACUGAAUGUGGAAGAACUGAAAAGAGAAGUGAAGUUUCUUAAAGAAGCUGUUCCAAAGCUGGAAGAGCUUGUUCGAGAUGAACUGCAAGGAAAGACUAGUGUUCGUCGGAUUAGCCCUUUACACAGAGCCACCAGAAAAAGAAGAGCUGAGACAGCUUAUGGUGCAACAGAAACUACCAGCUCUGAGGAGGCAGAUAGUGAAGGAGGCUAUAUUACAGCUCACACUGAUACUGAAGGAGAAUCUGAAGAAGAAAGAGGAUGGAUUAGUUUAUCUGCAGCAUCUGCAAGAACAGAAAAGGAAACAGAAUUAUUUAAUCUUCUGCAGCAGGUGGACAGUUUGCAUUGUGGUUCAGAUGAUGAUAAAAAGGAGAGCUUCAGACUGUUACUUGAGAAAGAGGAAAAGUUUGGAAACCAUCAGGAGUUUCUUUGGAGACUUGCACGAGCUUAUGGAGAUAUGUUUGAGAUGACUACAGAUGUUGAAGAAAAGAAGAAAUACGUUGCUGAUGGAAAAAUUGUAGCUGAAAAAGCUAUUCAGGUGGAUACCAUGUGCGCUGAUAGCCACCAGUGGUUUGCAAUUAUGUGCGGCUAUAUGUCUGAGUUUGACAGUAUACAAAACAAAAUCAAGAAUGGCUGUCUCUUUAAGGAGCAUCUAGACAAAGCAAUUGAACUUAAACCUCAAGAUCCUUGUUUAUAUUACCUAAAUGGAAGAUGGUGCUAUUCAGUAGCACAGUUGUCUUGGAUUGAGAAGAAAGUAGCCACUACUCUUUUUGGGACUCCACCAGCUUCAACAGUACAGGAAGCUUUGCAGAAUUUCCUUAAGGCUGAAGAACUGCAUCCUGGAUAUUCUAAAUACAAUUAUGUGUAUUUGGCAAAGUGCUAUAAAGAUCUUGGCCAGAGAAGCAAUGCACUGAAAUACUGUGAUUUUGCAUCAUCAUUGUUACCAGUUACCAAUGAGGAUAAAGAGGCCCAGAAAGAUUUAGAAGCUUUACUUCCAAUGCUGCAGCUGUGA